GGGCCAAUCGAAACCGCACGCGGAGACGUCACGAAGACAGCACGAGAAGCUGAUUGGAUGGCGCGGGGAGACGGGAACAGCCCCUGUCCUUUUAUAGGCGACCCCCGUCCCACUUGUGCGUAAAAAAACGCUACUGGGCACCGCUGACAGGCGCAAAAACUCUCACAGUGGAGACCUCACGCUCGAGCCGCUGCGUUUCACCACACGGGCCACGCCGACGUGCAUGGCCCCCAGCCUCUUUUGUCAUACGAUGAAUCCUGCGCAGCCUGGGUCACCCUCUCAAGACGCCAAACUGCAGCUUCACCAAAUGGAGGAGAGCGCGGAGGGCGCCGAGAGCGACGAGCUCCAGCCGAAAGACAUGACCACGGAUAAAGGAUACAAACUGCAGCGGAGCAGCCUGCCCUUCAGCGUCGAGUCGCUGAUUUCUAAGAAGAGCACCUGUCGGACUUCUUACCCGGCCUUCGAUUCGGCGGCGCCGCCGACGACAACGACGGCGGCGGCGCCCGGGGCCGGUCAGGGCGCGCAGUUCUCUCCGAGGACUUUUUACGCGGAGAGGAAGCUUUCCGGGGAGAGUUCGCAGGGAGUUGCCAAGAGCUCCGGGGAGGACUGCGCGCAGUUUUGCGAGAAGGAGCAGAGCACUUGGUUCCAGACGUCCUCCUUCUCGACACCUCCCCGGAGCUCUAGUCCGACCCAGUGUACCCUAAGGAAGCACAAAAACAACAGGAAACCUCGCACCCCGUUCACUACCUCCCAGCUGCUGGCGCUGGAGCGCAAGUUCCGUCAGAAGCAGUACCUCUCCAUCGCCGAGAGAGCCGAGUUCUCCAACUCUCUCAACCUUACGGAGACUCAGGUCAAAAUCUGGUUCCAGAACCGCCGAGCCAAAGCCAAGAGACUGCAGGAGGCCGAGCUGGAGAAGUUCAAGUUGGCCUCCAAACCCGUCCUGCCCGCGUUCGCGCUGCCUUUCCCCCUCGGAGCGCACAUGAGCUCUCCGUCGUGGGGCCCCUCCAACGUCUUUCCGAGGCCCAGCCUGCCGGUCCCGGGACUGUUCAGCGGACCCGUCACCUAUGGGAUGUACUAUUUGUCUUAGGAUGUCCGGGAAGGGGAUGAGGAUAAAAAAAAACAACAACAAACAAACAAAAAAAACAACUUUGUAUUAUUAAAAAAAA